CAGUCACACUGCUUCUUAGUCUGUUUUGCUUUAUUUUUAUAUCAAAAUCAGCACAUAAAUUAUUUUAAAAUGUCCAGAUUUCUCCUUUCUUCACGAAGACUAAUGCCCCAGCAAGAUUUCCUGCUUGCCGGCUCAUGGGUUUCCACCCAGUUUUUUCGCGGAAAGGCAUCGACUCCCAUGAACACCGUUGUAAUGUUCGUACCACAACAAGAGGCCUGGGUAGUCGAGCGUAUGGGUAGAUUUCAUAGAAUUCUUGACCCUGGCCUCAAUGUUUUGGUUCCUAUUGCGGACAAGAUCAAAUAUGUCCAGAGCUUGAAGGAAAUUGCGAUAGACGUUCCGAAACAGAGUGCCAUUACAUCCGACAAUGUCACACUUGACAUCGAUGGAGUGCUUUACUUGCGGAUCAUUGAUCCAUACCGAGCGUCUUACGGCGUGGAGGAUCCUGAGUUUGCUAUAACACAACUUGCCCAAACCACAAUGAGGUCCGAACUGGGAAAAAUGUCAUUGGACAAGGUUUUUCGCGAAAGAGAAUCCCUAAACGUUAGCAUUGUCGAUUCAAUCAACAAGGCGAGCGAAGCGUGGGGCAUUGCCUGCCUGCGUUACGAAAUUCGAGACAUUCGUCUGCCAUCAAGAGUCCAUGAAGCAAUGCAAAUGCAAGUCGAGGCGGAAAGGAGGAAAAGAGCUGCUAUAUUGGAGUCGGAAGGCGUUCGUGAGGCCGAAAUUAAUAUUGCUGAAGGCAAAAGAAAGUCCAGAAUCCUGGCAUCUGAGGCUGAACGGCAAGAGCAUAUAAACAAGGCUAGCGGUGAAGCUGCUGCCAUUAUUGCCGUAGCAGAUGCAAGAGCUCGUAGCCUGCAGGCCAUAGCGAAAUCUCUGGCACACAUUGAUGGAAAGAAUGCUGCUUCCCUUACACUAGCCGAGCAAUACAUUGGAGCGUUUAAGAAAUUGGCUAAAACAAAUAAUACGAUGAUUUUGCCGUCUAACGCCGCAGAUGUAAAUGGUUUUGUGGCGCAAGCCUUGGCAGUGUACAAUCAUGUUUCCAGCUCAAACCAGUCCAGCAUCGAGUCUUCGGCACAUGUAAAAAACGUUGGUUCUUGUCUCAAUGCCAAUAACAUUGAGUACAAUCAGAUCAAUGACGAAAAAAAGAGUGUAAAAAUGAAUAUUGAAUAAGGAUGAAUUAAAUGAUUGUUGCUAUUA